UUGUUUCCAGAGUUGUGGCUGUUGUUUGUGUGACGCACAACCAUGGAGACCAUCGUCACAGAAACCAUUGGGUCAAGCUUUUCAGCAACCUCAGCAGGCCAGACAAACUGCCCAUGCCUCUGGGCAGCAGUUAGCCCAUCAGUCUGCUGGGAGGAGAUGCACCACUGCUGCCUUUGCCAUAUUCCAGUUUUCUGUUAGUAAAUGUGGCACCAGUAUGUUGGUAAGUUUGUUGACUUGAUCUAUUGAGUUUGUUUUCAUGAAACCAUCUUGGUUCAGAAUGUGUCUCUUGCAGGAUGAGGGAGGCUAUUUGGUUUAUGAAAAACAGAUGUCAUCUUCAUAUGAAGUUUGGAUUGGACCCCUUGCGUCCAUCACAAGGGACAGCCACUUUCAGUUGCUCUUCCAGUGUAGGUAUUUGGGCAGUACUGUUGAGGCUCUGGUUGUUGACGUUAACAGUUCCUCUAUCCUCCCCUGUGGCUGUCCCAGGAGCUCUUCGAGCAGAGCUCAGACUGGCAAGUGGCCAAUGUCUCGCAAAGAUUGCAAUGAGGGAGUGGAGGCAUGCAAGUCUUACUAUACUGCAGCAGACUACCCCGUUACUAAAGUCCUGCGGGAGCCUGUGUAUACUGAAGUGCACAUCCUGGGAAGAACUGAUCCCAAACUUGUCCUUAUUCUGGUGGGUGACGUCAACUCCCAGCCUUAAGAGUGCCCCAGUGGGAUGUCCUGGUUGACGGUGCCCCAGUCUUUGAACUACAGCCCCCUGGCAGUGGCUGGCUCUACAAUGCUUGUUGUCUUUGUCCUGGUGCUGGCUGUGAUAUGGAGAUCAAAGGUAUUAGUUGCAAUACAAAUAUUCUUUAAAACUCUGACAUUUGUCUGUGGAUCAAUUC